AUGGCCCCCAAGCAAAAAGCUGGGCAAAAGCCGAAGCCCAACGCGGCGGAGGACGUGGAAGAGACAUUUCAAGCUGUGGUGCUCGCAGAUACCUUCGAGACAAGAUUCGAGCCGUUCACCCGCGACAAGCCUCGUUGCCUUCUGCCGCUCGCAAAUACGCCCUUGAUCGAAUACACCCUCGAAUUUCUGGCCAAUGCAGGCGUAGAGGAGGUCUUCCUCUACGCAGGAGCGCACUCAGAUCAGCUGGAGAAAUACAUCAAUGCAUCAAAAUGGAGGGCACUGUCUUCACCAUUCAAGCAAUUUACCUUCCUUAAGUCGACUUCCACCUCCGUCGGUGACGUUAUGCGCGAUCUGGACGGCAAGCACCUUAUCACAGGAGACUUCAUUGUCGUGAGCGGCGACGUGAUCAGCAACCUGCCCAUCGAGGGCGCAUUGGCGGAGCACAGGGCCCGCCGAGCACUUGACAAAAAUGCGAUCAUGACCAUGGUUCUAAGAGAGGCUGGCCUGCAGCACAGGACCAAGUCCACCUCAGUUUCCCCGAUUUUCGUCAUUGAUCCUACCAAGGACCGCUGCCUCCAUUAUGAGGAAAUUGAUCGCCAUCCAGACGACGAGCAGUUAUCUCGUCUGAAUAUUGACGCCGAAAUUAUUCUUAAAAACCCCGAACUGGAUAUCCGCCAAGACUUGAUCGACUGCAGCAUCGAUAUCUGCACCCCGGACGUACUGAGCUUAUGGUCAGAUAGUUUCGAUUACCAAUCGCCUCGGAAACACUAUCUGUUCGGUGUUUUGAAGGACUAUGAGUUGAAUGGCAAGACUCUACAUACAUACAUCAUCAAGGACCACUACGCUGCGCGCGUGCGUAACCUGAAGGCCUACGACGCGAUAAGCAAGGAUAUUCUCUCGCGCUGGACAUACCCCUUGUGCCCGGAUACGAACUUGCUCCCUGGUCACACGUACACACUUCGCAAGGGAAGCAUGUACCAAGAAACUGGGGUGACCCUGGCACGCUCUUGCGUCAUUGGGCGCCGCACAGUUAUCGGAAAAGGCACUAGCAUUGGAGACCGGGCAGAAGUCCACAACUCCGUGCUUGGUCGAAACUGUAAAAUUGGCCGCAAUGUCAAACUGGAUGGUGCCUAUAUUUGGGACGAUGUCGUGAUCGGCGAUAACACAGAUGUCCGUGGGGCGAUUAUCGCCGAUGGCGUGGUUAUUGGCAAAAAUUGUGCCGUUGCCGCGGGAGCGCUCCUCUCCUAUGGUGUGAAAAUCGCUGACAACAUCGGGGUGGAGAGCGGGAAGCGUAUCACGAAAACUCGGAACGACGGUGGCGUGGGCAAGAACGAUCCCGCAGUCGUUGGCGAAGAAGGCGAAGGCUAUGAGUUCAUUCACGGCGAGGAAGAUGAAGAUGAAGAUGACGACAUGAGUGUAGCCUCAUCGGGACUUGUGUACCGCAUGCCCAAUCUCUCACUCUCUUCCGCCUCCAUUUCAACACUCUCAUCUGAAGUCUCUAAUACCUCUUGGGCACGAUCUGAGCGGAGCAGUUUCUCCGCAGACGAGGAUGCAGACAACUUCCACCACGACGCAUCAGUCAGCUUGUUCGACAGUCUACGUGAAGGCGUGGCAGCAGACGUCGUGCAGCUCGAGCUGGUCACGCUGCGCAUGAGCGCAAACGCCUCGGACAACCAGGUCCGUCGCGCUAUCGUGACAUCGUUCAUGAAGCACAUCCAGCAGCUCAUGGAGGGCGGCAAGGGUGCCGGUCCAGCAGUCAAUGAGGUUUUCACAGCAUACAAGGAGGUGGUUGAGCGCACUCUAUUCGACCGCAACAAGGAACAGAAGAAGGACCAGGUGGAUCUACUGCUCUCACUCCAGCAGGAUCUCAUCCAUCGCAACAAGGGUGAUACUGUCCUUCUCUUUACUGCCAAGUCUCUAUAUGAACUUGACCUUAUCGAGGAGGAGGCUUACGACCAGUGGUGGAACGAUGAGCGUUCUAGUAACUCCGAGGAAAUGCGGACUGUCCGCAGCCAGACCCAGCAAUUUGUUGAUUGGCUCGCCGAGGCAGAGGAGGAGAGUAGCGAAGAAGAAUCCGAGGAGGAGAAGUAUCUCGAAGUCGAAAAUCCUAACUCCUUCGAACACCGGUUUGAGCUGCCUUCGGGGCCAACUGCCCGGAGGUCUUACGCUUCCCCACUCCCCUCUAUCCGUGCCCGUCACAGGUUUUACCCAGUGACGUCUGGCCCGAUCUCCCACAUCCCCCUUGCCGGCAUCUUUGCCGUUACGUUCACCACGCCUCCAAUAACGCGAAAGAGAAAGGCGGCUGAGGCGAUUGCGGACGAGGCACUGCCAAAAGCCGCCCACGGCUCCCGGAAAUCCACUUCUGUGUCCGAUCCGCGCUCCCACCAAAGCGAGUCUACAACCGCAAUAGAACCCACAGAGAGGGAAAGUCCCGUCAGUUCCGGUUCAAAAAAAAGGCUCUCCGCGACGCCCACCACCGCCAGUAUGGACUCUGACGAUGAGUUCAUGAGCGACGUCUCUAGCCAGGAUGAUUUCUUGGGUACCCAGGGUUCUGAUGACGAGAGCUUGGGUGAAGUUGUGCCCUGGGAAGCAGAGUUCGAUGAUCUCGACGCCGGGUUUUCGGACGAUAAAGACCUCAUCAAACAUAAAAAGAAGCCAUACGAAGUCGAGUUCAAGGUUCUCGACCCUCCAGAUAUCGAUCAUGAACAGCUUGGCCAAGUCAACGAGGUUUGCGCCAUCCUUGGGCUACCGCCUGAGUCGGUGGCGAUCUUGUUGCGGUUCGGGCGGUGGAACAAAGAAAAGUUGAUCGAGUCAUAUAUGGAGCAUCCGGGGGAGACGCUGGAGGAGGCUGGUCUUGGGUCGAAUUUUGAGGGAACCGCGAAGACCGAGCGCGUCCCGGGCUUCAUGUGUGACAUAUGCUGCGAGGACGGGGAUGACCUCGAGACGUACGCCAUGCGCUGUGGUCACCGAUAUUGUGUUGACUGCUAUCGGCACUACUUGGGACAGAAAAUUAAGGAGGAAGGAGAGGCUGCUCGAAUUCAGUGUCCAGGCGAUGGCUGUAAUCGCGUCGUGGACUCCAAGUCGCUGGAUCUGCUCGUGACAAAGGAGCUUCAAGGAAGGUAUCGUGAACUAUUAACUCGAACCUACGUCGACGAUAAAGAAAACCUAAAAUGGUGUCCAGCACCAAACUGUCAAUACGCCAUUGACUGUGGGGUAAAGAAUCGUGAUCUCCGUCGGAUAGUUCCAACAGUGCGAUGUUUUUGCAAGCACGAGUUCUGCUUCGGCUGUUCCCUCAGCGACCACCAGCCCGCGCCAUGCACGCUGGUCAAAAUGUGGUUACAGAAAUGUGAAGAUGACUCCGAGACGGCUAACUGGAUCUCGGCAAACACCAAAGAGUGUACCAAGUGUAACUCGACGAUCGAGAAGAACGGCGGCUGUAACCAUAUGACUUGCCGCAAGUGCAAGUACGAGUUCUGCUGGAUGUGUAUGGGCCUCUGGUCCGAGCAUGGCACGAGCUGGUAUAAUUGCAACCGGUACGAAGAAAAGUCAGGCGCAGACGCGCGCACUGCUCAAGCUAAAUCGCGUUCCUCCCUGGAGCGCUACCUGCAUUACUAUAAUCGGUAUGCAAACCACGAGCAGUCUGCCAAACUCGACAAGGAUUUGUACCUGAAGACCGAGAAGAAGAUGACUAGCCUUCAGUCACAGUCUGGUCUAUCCUGGAUUGAGGUGCAGUUCCUAGACACCGCGUCGCAGGCCCUGCAGCAGUGCCGCCAGACCUUGAAGUGGACUUACGCAUUUGCAUUUUACCUUGCUCGCAACAAUCUGACUGAGAUUUUUGAGGAUAACCAGAAGGAUCUGGAGAUGGCUGUUGAGAGUCUCAGUGAGAUGUUCGAAAAGCCAGUUGCCGAACUGGCAGGACUCAAGGUUGAUAUUCUGGACAAGACUGCUUAUUGCAACAAGCGCCGGGUGAUUCUAUUGAGUGACACUGCUGAGAACCUGAAGAAUGGAGAGUGGUCGUUUAACAUUGAGUGGUAAAUCGCCCCUCACCCUAACCCCCGC